UUAUGCCAGGUAUACUGUAUGGAAUCGAGGCUAAUGAUAUAAGCGGCGGAAAGCCGGAGGGUCGUUCAUUUGUUUAUUCGCGAAUUCGGGGAAAUGCACGGACUUUAGGACUAGUGCAGAUGCACUUUCGAUUCCUUUCCUUUAUUAUGACGUACGGUUAUCGAAACACGCGUUUCCAAUGACUUUGGACUACGGCUUUUUUGGAUGGAGGAGUGCUUUACUUCAAAUUUCUGUUGUACAUUCAGACUCAGUACACAUUUGAUCAAACUUUGCUAUUUCAUGCUUACAGAACAUUUUAUAUGAGCUAAAGUGUGUUGUUCCAUCGUAGAGAGAAACUUUAAGUAAUGUCGUUGAGGUACACCACAUCACUCACCAAGAAAAGGGAGUAUGACCUGCAGUAUAAAGUGAUAGUCAUUGGAGAGUCAGGUGUGGGCAAGUCCUCACUUAUAAGAUGCUACGCACAUCCUGACCAGCCCUUCUGCUCAAAUAUGAUCACAACUGUAGGUAUUGAUUUUGUCAAGGUUGACACAAAAGUGGAUGAGCUGAUUGUGAGAUUACAAAUUUGGGAUACAGCUGGCCAAGAGCGCUUUCGUACCAUGACAACCAUGCAGUUCAGGGGAACCAAGGGAAUUCUUCUUGUGUAUGACAUAACCUGUAGAAAGUCGUUUGACAACUUGCAGUUCUGGCUGGAAAGUAUUCGAAAGAACAAGCUUCAGUAUGAGGAGAUCUUACUUGUAGGCAAUAAGUGUGAUGUGGGGGAUGACAGGGAGGUCCCAAAGUGUAAGGGUGAAGAGCUUGCAAAGCAUCAUGGGAUCAAGUUCAUAGAAACAAGUGCCAAGACAAGAAUAAAUGUAAAAGAGGCAUUCUGCACUCUUGCAACACAAAUGAAAGAUGCAAACGAUCCAUUUGUGCAUGUCAGAAAUGAAGACACUAGCGACCAAGCAGAUGGCAUUAUUCAGCCUUCAGAAAAAGACUUUGAAACCAGCUCUCCAACCUCGUCAUAUCAAAGCUCCUACUGUUGUUCAGGCUAGCAUUACUGUUUUUUUUAUAUAUAGUAAGACAAAAAUACAUUUUGUAGGUGGAAAUUCCCACCAAUGGAAAAUUGGUAAUUAUCAUAGUAGGCAGGACAUAAAUAAACACUGCUCAAAACCAGCACAUACUGUACAGCACCCCUCAAUGGAAAGACUUUGUUAGCUUUAAAAUAGAAUCAGGGCCCCAAAAUUCCAGAUCAGAUCCUCUCCUAAUUAUUUACUAAAGAUAUUGACAUUGCUCAUGGAUCCAUUAGAGUGGUUUCCAAAAACCUGUGAAAUACUAUUCAGUUUAUUUACAUAGCUGUCAACCUUGCUUUAGGAAAAAUCUUGAGAAAAUAAAGUGAAUGUAUUCAGAAGUACCAAGAUAACUAAUGCGGGAGAAUACAGUAAAUGUAUGAAUAUUUUCAAGAAAAUUAGGCUUGAGAAAAGGUUCAAAAUCUUGAGACUCCCGCCUAUUGCAGGAAAGUUGGCAGCUAUGUAUUUAGUACUAAUACACUGUAAUGUCAUUGUUCUCUUUUUUUUCUGGCUUGGCUAUUACACUUUAACAAUUACAUUUUGUUGCACUGGAUUUUAAAAACCACUCUUAUUGCUUGCAAAAGAUAAUUCAUUGGAACAUUUCUUUUCAAAAUUCAUUUAAAUGCACUCAUAGUGCUUUUGUAAUUUCUACAACACAUCUGUGGUACAGAUGUCUCAUUUAAGAAAUAAUUAUGGGAAUUACAACAUCCAACAUUUAUUGCCAUUCGCAAAUAUUUUAUUAGAGGUGUAAAUUUUGCUUUUAAUGAGAAAAAUAAAUAUUUUUUUAAACAUU